AUGCUGCUUCGGGGGUUGCUUCUGUUAGCUCUGAUAGGGAUCUAUGCGGUUCCUGGAAGCGAAGGAUUCAUGAUGGGGGACUUUUUUGGUGAAUACCGAGAUAUGAUGUCAAACUGCCGUACAGAUGGAGGGUAUUGCAUCAAUCCAUACAGAAUGGCUGCCGGAGAACAGGAGACAGAGGGCGGAGCUGGGGCUGGAGGGGCCGGGGCUGGCCAGGCUAGAGGAGGGCCCGGGGGAAGGGGUCGCGGCGGACGGGGAAGACAGCGUCGCCCUCAAGUUGACUUCUGGGGAGUGAUCUACGAAAACUGCGUCUCCUGGGACUACGAUUUCGGCUGUAACAGACAGGGCGGGAUCUGCUGUUACAACUAUUAAAGGUGAGGCGUCCACGCGCCAGGUGUGCUGUUACACCUAUAGUAAAGGUGAGAUGUCGACUGACAAGGUGUGCUGAUGGCGCUGAGGGUAAUGGGGUUCAUGUCAUUAAGUAAAAGAGAGAGGCGGGGGGUUGGGGGUAGGAAAUUGUAGGAAGAAGGAUGAAGAAAUAGAGGAAAAGAGAAAUGUGAUACGAAUAGUUCAGAUAUCUGAAGCUUUGAUUGAGGUAUAUUUCAGCAUGGGUGCAGUCUGUUCCUGUGUCAUUUGAUGGGUUCACUCUUCAAUAUUUUGAAUGAUAUGUGAGGUAGCUCACUACACUAAAGCUUAUACUCUGUAUGACACCACGUCACAAGAUGGCGAUUUAAAUGUUUUUGUGAAAUUAUUUGUAUCGAUUGAUUUGUUUGUCUAUCAUCGUAGCUCAGUGGUUAAAGCAUUGGGCUGGUGAACCGCAGAUCUCGAGUUCAAAACCUCCAGAGUCUUUUGUUCAUAUGUGUUGAAAUUGUUCAUAUGUGUUGAAAUUGUUUUUUUUUUGAAAAUCAUGUAUAUUUUUUGCCUUUUUGGCCUAUAUACUUGUUGUAUAUUAUCAUAUCUUUUAUAAUUAAAUCAAUUCGUACUGAUUUGAGAAACUAUUUCUGGGUGUAGUGAGCCACCUUAAAAGACAUCAAUUUCAUUUGAUACAUGCAGUUCAUACCCUCAUGUAUUUCAUGUCCAUCCAAUUAA